AUGUCGCCAAUCACCAUGCGUAUGUGGUGUUCAAACCAACCAAUCUUUGCGGUUAACAAACCUCACUCUAUUGUCCUUCGGCGCUUACACAACCUGACACCUCUCCUUCAAAUAACCUCCAAUCACAACGCACAACUUCUUCCUUCUGCUCAUACCUACAAUUCCACGGCUUCUUUCAAGAAGCUUCAACUCGAAAGGUUACUUCCAAAUACCUACCUAAGCAUUUUAAAAGUCGACAAUAAGAAGGUUUUGUUCUUUCCAAACGAUCUGAUGUGCGGCUCGAGUUUUGAUAUAUUUGGAGCUUCUUGUCUUGUUCUUACGGGACAUGCAAGUAGUGAUGAAACUGAAUUGGUUUGGAGAUGA